GUGGCUAAAUGUUCAAGUUUCGCGGAAUCAACAUAAACUAAAAAAAGCAUAGUUUAGAAACUGUGCUGCUUGAAAAGAAUGCUGCCAUCUUUUUUGUUUAACAAAUAAGAACAAAUAUAAGCAAUGCUGCGGAUUGCUGCUCUGAAUGACAGUGUAAGCAGUGAAAAGAGUCAGCCGUUGCGUGAAGCAACCAAGGAGGCAAAGGAAGCAGAGGCGUUCACCCUGUACCAUCAUGCACUGGAACUGUUACGUCAUGGAAACACGGACCAGGCUGAGGAUGUCUUCAGAGAUCUUAUUGAUCACGACUUCUUGGUGGAGGCAUGGGACCUGCUUGAGGAGAAAGGCAGCGAGGCCAUACACCCAGGCCUGCAGCUGCUCUACUCUAUACAGAAGAACCUUGCUGCCAUGGCAACCAAAAGGAAAGACUACAGGGCAGCGUUGGAGUCAUAUCUUGAGGCUGUGAGGAUUGACAGUACGGAGGUGACAGUGUGGUACAAGACUGGUCUGACGGCCCUGGCAGUGGAGGACUUCCUGCUGGCCAUGCGGUCCUUCCAGCAGGGUCUUGAGUGCAAUCCACGCCACUGGCCAUGCCUCGACAAGAUCAUGCCACUCUUGUAUGCCCUCAACAACUAUAUAGAAUGCCUGUACUACAUAGGAAGGGCUCUUGAGAUGGAGCCUCAGUACACAAAGGCCUAUGCCUUGAGGGACAGGAUUUUCUCAAUCGAGCCAACAUUAAAACAGGAUACAGAGGAAUUCUUUUCUGACUGUGAUCCAGAAGUUCAUACUACGUGCAUCAGCCCUGAAGAAGCCAAGCAAUAUGUGGAUGAAGCAUUGGAGAUUCGCCGUCAUAACCAGGAAAUCUGCAGGCCACAAGAAACAGAACAUCUGCAUUUUCCUAAAACCAUAAAAGAAUACAGCUGGAAUCAUGUUGGCCAGGUGCUGAUUGAUCUGUAUGACAAGGCAACUAAGUCAGAGAAGUACAUUAGUGUAGCUCUACGUGUGGAUGUUCCGAAAGAUAUCGCUGUUGAGUCCACCAGUAAUGUUGCUGAUGUUGGAAAUCAUGUUGAAAAGGAUAGUAUGGAGAUAGACCGGUUUGAUCAUGGAACUGAAGAGUGUAAAAUGGAAAUGGAAGAUAUUGCGGACAAAACGGCGAAUGAAAAUAUAGUCUCAAAAGUGUCAACACAAACUGAUCAAGUUAAAAGUGUAGCUGAUGAAGUAAAUGGUUCAGAGGACAAUAGGAAUGCUUUAAAAACUGAAAAAUCUCUGAGUGAAGAGGAUCAUACUCAAAAUUAUUGUAAAAAAGAACCUCUAGCUGCAGAUAUGGGUUCAGAGAAAAAGAAUACAUAUGAAGAAAUGUCAUCCAUAAAUAAAGCCAACUCUGUCGUUGAACCAAGAAUUGAAUGCUCUGCAUGUCCAAAGCAAAGAACUGAAAAUUCAAGUCAAAGCAAUCAGUCUGGACCUUUUGAAAAACCUGGAGAUUCAAUGGAAACUGAUGAAGUGUCUCAAGAAAGUAACAGUGAAGUGCUUGAAGCCCUUAGAAACACUCAUUCUUUGCUAGACAGCCUCAGUCCAGUCAAACAGACCGUCAAUCGUCAGGUUUAUCAAAAGACUGAGAAUGAUACAUCCUGUCCAAAAGUCCAAGAUAGCAUGCCCUCUAUCCCCAAGUCAAGAAGUUAUGGUUUCAAUGUUGAUGAUUUAAGAGACUCUAAGGCUGAUGGGCAUAGAUCCCCCAGUCAGUUUUCUUCCAACAGAUCUCCUUGUAUGACAUGUCCUCUUGAAAAUGAUAUCACACCCACAGACCAUCGCAGUCUCUCAGUUCCUUUAGCAAUUCAGGAUGACCAAAUUUCACCAAUCAUUAUCGAUUCUCCCUUCACUAAUUCUCAGAAAACUUCUUCGUCAGCAUCAGGGAGUUCUGCCUCUUCAGUUUCCACUUCCUCAACAUCCACUUCAGGAUGUACUGCAUCUUUAGGUUCCAAUUCAACUACAUCAUCAGCUUCAUUGAAGACUGAUCCAUAUUUGCCAGGGCAUUCAGAGACAUCACCAAUUGUCUUGGACACUACAGAAUCUGGCACUUUGCUGUCACAAGAAAUGGAUGACUCUUGUAUUUCAGAAACUGCAGACUUGAAAGAAGUGUCUGGGAAUCAGUCUGUUGCAGGUGUAUCAGUGUGUCGAACAGUAUCCUCACAUGCCUGUUCAGUUAUUUCUUCUAUUGCUUUUGCUACACCACAUACAGUUUCCCUAUCUGACUCUGUUGGAUUGACAUCAACAUCAAUCUCCAGUCAGCCUGAAAGCAAUACAACCACUUCUGCUGGGGCGGACUUCUCUGAUGUUUUGAUCCCAAGCCAUCCAAAUACAGGAUCUUCGGAGCAACCAAACACUGGGACAUCUAGCAACACUCUAACAACAUCGUCAGAUUCUGUCUUUUCAUUGACACAAUUGUUUUCUACAGCUUCUACUAAUACUUUAACAGCUGAAGCUGGAAAAAGUACCACAGCUUCUCCUGCAAGGUCAGAUCACGGCUAUUCAAGGUCAUAUGCCGACAUGCAAAGGUCACAGAGAGGUCAAGGUCAAAUGAGUGAAAAGUCUGUUGUCUUAGCGUCUCAAUCUGGCAGCACUUUGAUAGAGGUUCCCAUAGAUGUUGAUGAUCGUAAUGCAAAGAGAGGGCAGAAACGAAAGAGAAUGUCUUUGGCUACUGAAGAGAUUAUGAUGUACGGAAAGAGACGCUCAGCUAGGGUGCGAAACACUGGAAGGAAAAAGGAAGAGGAAACUGUGAAUUUCUUUGAUCUUCUCCAUGCAUUCCUGCCUGCAAGCAUUCGUUCUGCAGCUGAUGAUGAGUCAGUUACCAUGGAAACAGACCAGGUGGAGUCUGCCUUGGAGGAAAAUAAACUGGCUGAUUCUGCAUCUAAAGCUACAAAUACAAACACUGUGGAAGCAGGAGAGGAAUGGAGGGAAGCAGAGCUGGUGAAAGCGUAUCUUGAGGGCUCACAGAUCAAUUCUGGUCUCAUCGGUCUUAUGAACGAGUACCUACAUCAGUUGGCCAAGCACUACAGGGUGAAAUGGCCUGUGGGUUUAUGUGCCAUGUACCUGGAGGUGUACAGUCGAGUGAGGAAGCACACCUACAUUCCCCGAGUGUAUGAUAAUAGCGACCCACCAGAACUGUUUCAGGAAGUUGCGCAGGUGUGCAUGCUGCGUCUGGAGUUGCAGCUCGACCAAUUGCUGGCACAGAUGUCAACAGGGUCGUUAAUUACCUCACCAAAGGGUUUGAGUCUGCAGACAUUGUCAUUGGAAGACAUGCCCCCAUUCUUCAACGACGACCACUGGUUUGUGUCUGCAUUGUGUGAUUUUGACGACACAUUAGAGCCCAUAUUUCCACAACACUGCGUGAGAGUUUACUGGUUUAAGGCCAGAUACUACUUCCUUUCUGGAAGGAUGGAGGAGGCAGUUAACUGCUAUGAGAAGACCAAAGAGCAGCUGAUUCACUGGAAGGAGGAGAAACAGCUGCUGAAGGUGACCCUUCCGAACUGCCUGAUUGACUCGUGUGUGGACAUUGAAACAGUGAGCAGUCAGCUGGAGCAGUUGAACAAGAGCCAGUCCGUGGAGGAGACCCAUCGUCUGUACCAGGUCGGAGACUACCCCAAGGUGGUGGACAUACUCCUGCCGACCUUCUCAGCUGACAGGCAGAAGAUGUUGAAGCUUCUGUCGGACCCAGAAGAAAGGCAGUCACAGAUUCUCAUGCUUCUUGAGUCACUCUGGAAGAUUGGCAAUUUUGAGAAGUGUUUGCUGUGGAGCGAGGAAUCUUUCUCCGAGUGUUAUGCCCAGUACCAGCAGAGUGUCCAGACUGAGCAGCGGUCGGUCUGGAUGAAGACCAUCAUAGUCAUAUUUGAGUACAUGCUCAGGGUUCUAGAGAAGGGUACCACCCUGGUGAAGUCUCUCCCGCCUGCAAAAGUUGUGAGGUUUUCCCAGCAUCUCAUCAGACUGAUUGACAUGAACAUGUCCCUGCCAGAAACUGUGGCUGAGAUGUCCUUUGACUCUGUCCUGCCUUGGAUUCUACUGUAUUACAUUAUCAAACAGGAAGAAGAUCAAAGUAUGGAGCAGAAAAUUGUGAAUUCAGGGGCCAUUAACCAGGAUGAAGAAGCCCUGUCCUCCUCACACAUGCUACUCAACAUUGCACAUGAUUAUCUGGGCAGCCGUUGCUGGUGCACACACUCUGACGGAGCGCUGCUCAAGUUUUUCAUGCGCGUUUUGAGCACAAAGAUGGAUCACGAGGCAGGCAAAAGUAGCGGUGAAUCAUCGCGACUUCUGGAAGACUGUCAGCAAUCCUUUGAGCAAUGUGUGUAUUGCCUCUAUGGACAUCCAAACAAGAAGGGCAAAGCUAAACAUCUACAGGAUCACAAUGUCCUCAAUAUUGACCUGGACUGGGACCAUGCGGUGAAGAUCUUCAGGUACUUCAAGCCCCAGUCCCUGCCAGAGUUUGACGGCUACAGAACAGAUACUAUUUCUGCUGAGUUGGAGUCACUUUUAAAGAGGAUAAUUAUGCUCAUUCCUGAUGAAUGCAAGAGAAUGGGUGUAACGCAGGAUGAGAUACAAAGUUAUGUCAAAGGAACUGCCAAUUCUAUCCCUGUUACCAUUGAAACCCGACAGGUUACUCUGCCUAUUGUGACAGAGAUUUACUACCUGCUGGCCGACUACUACUUAAAGAGCAAGGAGGCUGUGAAGGCCAUCAAGUUCUACAUGCAGGACCUGUGCAUGGUACCUGACAGGCUGGACUCCUGGGCUGGGAUGGCGCUUGCCCGCAUGAGCCAGCUUGAGGUCAAACUCAGAUCGGCUGAGCUCAAGAUGGACGUACCGAUCUAUAAGAAGUCUGUGGCAGCGUUGCGGUGCUUCAAGAGAGCCGUAGAGAUUGACAGCUCCAACCACAAAUUGUGGAUCGAGUACGGGACACUUGCCUAUCAGCUCCAUUCACACGCAUCCAGGCAGAUCAAAUGGAAAAAGUGGUUUAAUAUGGCUGAGGAGUUUGUGUCCAUCGCCAAGGAGAGUUGCCACGAGAUGUUGCUAACGGCCACGGAGUGUUUCCGCAUGGCAGGCAGAUGUGAGAGGGAUUCUACCGAGGAUGACUGGCUUUACAACUACAUGAUUGGAAAGUGCAUGGAAAAGGCUGGAAAACCUUUAGGCGAUUAUCUGCCGUACUAUUUUAAGGCUCUAGAAUGUGUGCAUGAAGAGAAAGCCACCUACCCGAAGAAGAUCGUCUUCACUUUCACCGCUUCCCAUCUGGCAGUGGAAGCACUGGAGAUGUACUACCGUAUCCAUGUGACCAUCCUCAAAGUGUUGCUAAGAAAACCAGCUGAUGCACCUGACCACAUGUACAAGAUGUAUGCACAGCAUCUCCUUUCAGCCGAGGCAGUUCCGUUUGUUCACAGGAUUGAGAAGGGACAGGAAUCUAGGGGAGGGAGGGAAUCCGCUUCCUCAGCAGAUGAGAGCUCGUGUUCCGAGUUUACUUCUCCUACAAAACCAAAAUUGUCGUCUGCUGACCACACAUACUUUCGCCAGAAAAGUUCAUCCCAUGAGACAUCAGCUGGUCCAACAGUUAUUGAAGUGACAGAAGGCAGUGUUGAGACGUACUCAAAAGCAGGAACCACUUUUGAACUGUAUGCAGAAGAGCAGUCCUCAAAAUCAGUUGAAAAUUUGACAUUGACCACUGAACCAGGUGCACCACCACUAAAGAGCUUUACAGGGGAGGAAAUGGCUGAUAAAACUGAAAAAAUGACUUCUGAAAAUUACAAAACUGCAAUUGAAAUUGGAAAAGACACAGAAAUUAGUGGUAUAAAGAAACAGCCGUUUUCAAUUGCAAGUAUCUUGUGUGGAAAAGAUGAUGAUAAAGGUCAGGGAGAUGGACAUUAUAUGAAGUGUGAGUCACCAAAAGCUCAGGUCAUAAGUAAAGCAGAUGAGAAUGUAGCAGAGCCAAUGGAAGUUGGAGAAGCAUCUGCUGCGGUCACUGAAAAGAAAGCUGAAAGCCAGAGUCUAGACAUGCAACAGGAAGUGAAAAGUGUACUGCUGCAUAUAGAAGACCUCAUCGAGGCUGAGCUUAGUAAUUACGACUCCUCAGAGAAGAAAUUGCCUGUAGCAGAUGGCAUGAAACAGACUGAAAUUCCAACAAUCCUGCAAGUUAGCAAUCCAGAGGAAACUGCUGUUAGUCUAACAUCAGCAGCAAGAUUUGAAGACCAGAUUAACAGUCUCCUGAGGCUGCCUGUGAGAGAACUGCACCAGGCUCUGAUAGAGAAAUGUCGUCAUGCCUUGGAGUUGUGCAUGCGACGUUUCCCCACCCACUACAAGUCUCACUACAGGCUGGCUUACCUGUAUUUCCAUUCUCCAUACCAAACGGACUUAGAGAAGGCCCAUAACAUCCUGCUAGGGAACCCCAACUGGAAAAAUUACAGCUACAUGCCUUGCGCGGGUCUGUUUGGUGAACGUAAGCCAGCCAAGUUCUUCCAGUGCAUAUGGAAGAUCCCAAUAGACGAGAUAGACCGAUCGGGCAGCUUUCCAGCGCACCUCAACCGCUGUAUUGAGCUUCUACUUCACAUUCUGCGGGAAGAACACGACUCCCGGACCCUGCAUGAGGUUCAUUUGCAGUUGAACAGGCAACCUGAGCCAGGAAGGAAGUACCUCAGAGACGCAGAGAAGCGUUGCUACGCGCUGAAGUCGCACCGUUACACCCUGGACGCAGUAGAGCUUCAGAUUGAGGACAUGAAGCUGGAAACUAAUAGUGAUGUACGACAUCAGUUCCUUAAAGAUGUGUACAAGAUCUGGGAGCAUGGUGUUCAAAAGCUGAACAAGUACCCAGAACGCAUCAAGAAACUGUUUUCAGAGGCUUACAGGGUGGUACUGAGAAAGUAUGAGACGCUGCCCCAAAACAUGUUGCUGGACCAAGCCAUUAGGUACUGUAAGCAGUUGCAGCAGAAGGCAAAGUUAGACAAGUCUGAAAUUGGUCAUUCACAGGCAUCCACAAGUUUUACAUCCCCUGUUGCAAACACCUCCACGCCCAUUUCCUUGGCGAAGGUGUUGAGUCCAGCACCUGUAGGACUAUUGCCUGGAAACCAGUCAACGAUAAUCAGCCUCCAGAGUCUCAUGAGCGCCCAGAUUCCCGUGGGUAGCUUACUGAAAUCUAGCGUCAAUGCUAUGGCUGUAUCUGCAGACAUUAGAGACCUGGCAAAAAAGAUUGAAAGUGAGAAAAAAGUCAUUGACAACAGCAUGGCUGAAGUGAUUGUUCUCUCUGACAGCUCUGUAAGCUCUCCCAUGAGGCCAAUGUCUGAUAAGCCAAUUAUGAUUGACAGUCCAAGGGAGUCACAGUUUGCGAAAGAAUCCCCCAUGAGUCAGAAAUCCUCCUGCACCACCCCUGGGAGCAAUGCCCCCACUGUGAAGAUCAAGAUGGGUCUCCUACAGGCUGCCAAGAGGUUCAAACCCAGUGGCUCCCUGGUCGGUAGCGGAGACAACGACACCUCACAGGACGAGUCUGCCUUAGACAUUUCCGACAGUGAGCCAUUGUUUCCGACAAAAAUGGUGGAUACAGAGGAGGGAGAUUUCUCUAGUUCAUCGUCAUCUGAAUCUGGAACAUCGUCAUCUAGUUCUUCAUCCUCUAGUGAAAGCACUAGUGAUGAUAGUGACGAUGAUGACAAUGAUAGUGAUAAUAAUGAUGAUGGUGGUGGUGAAAGUACUGCUGUUGGUGAGGAAAAUGAUGAUGGUGAAAGCAGUGACAGUGAUAAUGAGGAAGAUGAUGAAAGUGGUAGUAGAAGUGAAGACGAAGAUGGUGAUGAUAAUGAUGAAAAUAGUGACAAUGAUGAUGACGGUAACAACAGCUCUAAAAAAGAAGUUGUAAAUAAAAAGCCACCACCUCCAAAGUUGAAAAUGAAAUUGAAACCGGCAUCUGAAGAUGAGGAAGAAAGUAGUGACGACAUGGAAGAAAUAGAUCUAUCAAGUAGCAGUGAAGAUGAUGACAAGAAUGAUAAGGACUACAAUGCAAGUGAAGAUGAGGCAGAUGAUGAAGAUGACAUUAUUUUGAUAUCUGAUGAUGAAAUUCCAAGAGGCAGAGUAGUGAUUCCAUCGCCAACGCAUAAAAUGUUCAAUGAGAUGGAGAUAUUGGUAAAAGAUGUGCCUGGUUUUGAUCCAAUUAUUUCAUCAAUAAUGUCCAACCCCACUGGAGACUGACUUGACUGAAUCACAGGUUACGAAAAGCUGUCUAUCAGUGCAGAUUUAUUCUGGAAUGGACAAUGCUGGAAAAUAAUGAGAAAAUAAAAAAUAUCAGCAUGGGAUCCUAAACUAUGAGCUAAAAGCAAGUUUGUGUUUUAUCUUUGAAAAUCUUGUCUUGUUUUGUCAAAUAUUUCCUUUACAUCUUUAAAGAGUACCAUUUUAUUCAGAGAAGGUUAAUUGAAUUCAGUUAAGAAAUAUGAAUAAUAAGAGCAGUCAAAAAUGAAACAUUUUCGUACAUUCUAAAAACUAACAAUGUAUAUAGCCUCUAAGUGCUAUUGAUUAUUUGCCUUUUUCUGUGAUUGCCUUUUGUCCGUCGUGCAUCGUCGGUCGUUAACAUUUGCCUUGCUAACACUCCAGAGGCCACAUUUAUUUUCUGAUCUUCAUGAAACUUGGUCAGAAUAUUUGUCCCAUUGAUACCUCGACUGAGUUCGAAACUGGGUCAUGCUGGGUCAAAAACUAGGUCUUUUGGUCAAAAAAAAGAAAAACCUUGUGAACACUGUAGAAGUCACAUUUGAUGCCCAAUCUUCUUGUAACUUUGUCAAAAUGUUUGUCUAAAUGAUAUAACGGUUGAGUUUUAAAAUGAUUCCGGUCCGUUGAAAAACAUGGCCGCCAGGGCGCGGGGCAGUAUUCCUUUUAUGGCUUUAGAGAAACCUUGUGAACACUCUAGAAGUCACAAUUUUUGCCCAAUCAUCAUGAAACUUGGUCAAAACAUUGGUUUUAUUGAUAUCUCGGACGAGUUCAAAAAUGGUCCAGAUCGGUGAAAAAACAUGGCCGCCAGGAGGCGGGGCAGUUUUCUUUAUUUGUAUUUAGUGAAAACAUGUGAACACUUUAGAAGUCACAUUUUUGGUCCAAUCUUCAUGAAAUUUGGUCAGAACAUGUGUUUUCUGGAUAUGACGGUUGAGUUUAAAAAUGGUUCGGAUCGGUAAAAAAGCAUGGCCGCCAGGGGGGGGGGGCAUUUUUUAACCAGGUUUUCCGAAGGAAAAAACUGGUUAUUAGAUUGGCGAAUGCGGGCGGGCUGGCUGGCAGGCUGGCGGAACAAGCUUGUCCGGGCCAUAACUUUGUCGUUCAUUGUGAGAUUUUGAAAUCAUUUGGCACAUUUGUUAACCAUCAUUUGACGGUGUGUCGCGCGAAAAAAUUACGUCAAUAUCUCCAAGGUCAAGGUCGCACUUUGAGUUCAAAGGUAAAAAAUAGCCAUAAAUGAGCUUGUCUGGGCUAUAACUAUGUCAUUCAUUAUGAGAUUUUAAAAUCAUUUGGCACAUUUGUUCACCAUCAUGGGACGGUGUGUCGCACGAAAGAAUCACUUCAAUAUCUCCAAUGUCAAGGUCGCCACGACUAAAAAUAGAUUUAUUUUAAAACAAACUUACAAAGGGGGUUAAUUUUGUUUGUUCAUUUCAAAAGUUCAGUUUGAGUUGUCUCCCUUUAUCAGAUUUUUUUUCACAAUGAAAACCUGGUUUUGUGACAAUUUUGUCCCUUGUCUUAUAUUUAUAUUGUAAAAAAAGCUUGUGAACACUCUAGAAGUCACAUUUUUAGCCUAAUCAUCAUAAAAAAAAUUCUAAACAUCAAUUUUAUAAAUAUCUCGGACGAGUUCGAAAAUGGUCAUUAUUGGUGGAAAAACAUGGCCGCGCGGGGGUGGGGCAGUUUUCUCUAUAUGUUUAUAGUGAAAACAUAUGAACAGUCUAGUUGUGAUGAGCCAUAAUGUUAAAGAAAGAUAACCUGUACAUACUUGCUAAUAGUUAACUCCCUUGUUUAAGCUGCUGACUCAUUUAGUUCACCUCUGGAAUUUGUUAAACCCCUUGGUUUCAAAACACUUGUAGGGUAAAUACUUCAAAUUGCAUAUUUUUCUAGUAUAAUGACAUUUUUGGCUAUGUUGUAAUUUCUUGUGUAAAUCUGUACUUAUUGUUUUUGCACAUUUGUUAUCAGUUUGUAGCAAAUUAAUCUAUAAUGGGAACUAUUACUGAUAAGCCAUCUUUGAGAAAACCCCUACAGAGUUCCACAGAGUUAUAGGACAAAGGCAGCAUUUUCACCAAACACCUUAUCAUGAAGGGAGAAAUCCAUAAUGAAUUGCUUGGCAAUAAAACACAGGGGAGCAGAGUAAUUUGGUAUCUGCUUGUGACCAGACAGCACUGUGUGUUAUGAUUAUAACUGAUAAGAAAGAUGAAAUGUGUUGUUUAGUGUUUUAAUUUUCUGAGAUCAUGAUAUUAUCCAUUUGCAAAUAAUCUGAUGAGAAUUAAACAAAUUUCAUGUUAAAGAAUAAUCUACUUGCACAAAAUGUUGAAUUUUUCACUAUAUAUUGGUUUGAAUCUGACUGAAAAAUAACAGUAUUAAUUAAUUGAUAGAGACUUUAAAAGGAAUCACUUUUCCAGUUUAUAUUUAUAUUUUACUGAAAACAUAGAUAUGAAUUUAUUUUACUGAAAACAUAGAUAUGAAUAGACAUGGAUAUGAAUAAUCUCCUUUAACACUCAAUAUUGGAUUGUAAUGAGUUCACAGUAUAUAAUGUUACUAUUCCCUUCUGUUAUAUGAUACAAUAUGUACAGAAAAAGUAUAAAAAUGGUAAAUAUAACCGGUCUAAUAUUCAUAACAAUGACGGUUUGAGAAAAUACACCUUUUAUAUACUAGUAAAAGUUAUAGUUUAAACAGGCUUCUUUUUACAUUCGUUAAGGUAUUUGCAGUAUUUGUUCAUUUUUAACGAUGCUUAGAUUCUUUAGACUUGGCUUGUACCUGUCCUUAAUUCUCUGUCAUUGAUCUUCAUUUUUCUAGCUCUUAGAAUAAAAGUUAGUCAUUUUCUUUAAAGCUGCUUUGGUUUUCACUUAUAAGAUUAAUUCUUUGAGUGUAUUCAGGCAUAUCUGACUGGACGCCUUUAGUUAAUUGAAUUACAACCAGUCAGUGGUGUCAUCCUGACCGAAUAUAAGCGCUCUUUAAUUAGACUCGAUAAAUAUUUCUGUAUUACAAAGUGCUCACAAAGUUACAUAACUCGUAACCGUCCCGUGACCGGUUCACUUGCGUAAGCGAAUGAGACGGCACUACCACUGUUGUUGAUAGUGAAACAUUGUGUAUACUUUUAGUCACAUUUUUAGUUCAAUCUGAAUGACACUUGCUGAUCUUCACACAUGCUGACAAUCUUUAUGAGCAUAAUAUUUUUUGCUCAUGGUGAACUUUUGUGAUCACCUUUUGUCAAUUGUCUGUCUUCCGUUGUGCGUCAUGAAUAUUUGCCUUGUUAACACUCUAGAGGCCACAUUUAUUUUUGGAUCUUCAUGAAACUUUGUCAGAAGAUUUGUCCCAAUAAUAUCUUGGACAAGUUCAAAAAUGGUUCCAGUCUGUUGAAAAACAUGGUCGCCAGGGGGCCAUUUGUUGUUCAUUCUUCAUGAAACUUGGUUAGAACAUUUGUUCUAUUGAUAUCUUGGGCUUCAAAGAACAGGUCAUUUCUUUUUAUCUCAGGUGAGCGACUUUGGGCCUUUCAGGCCUUCUUGUUCUGUAUAUCUAAUAAGAGAAAGUGGUAUUAUACAGGAUUUGCAAUUGCUUUUCCAAAACCAAUAUUCCGUAUCAAUUGAUAUUUCAAAACAUAUUUUGCAGCAUAAGAAAAAAAACACUUGAAUACAUUAUGUUUUGUUAAGGAAUUUUAUGGAAGCGUUUUUUGUCAAAUACAGCUAUUGUGACGUAUACUUCUUAGAAAAAAUGUGUAUAUCAUGCAAAGUUGAAAAUGCUGUCGUAUCUUCUGCAAACUAUGUUCCGUGUACUGAUUUACUAAAUUGUCUCAUAUAGGAAGACAAUAUAAGCAAUUGUUUCAGUGGCUUUCAAUUGCUUAUAUAUAUAUUGCCCAACAUUCAAUUGUAGCACAAAAUCUAAAUAAUGCAAGACUGUUAAAGAUCUACGAUAGCACAACAUUAUAUAUAGUGGAAAAAAUCACAAUUUAUGCUGAGAAUGUUCAUGCAAUAUUUCCGGGAGAUAGUGGGAUUUUUUUUGAGAAAAAAAUAAAGUGUUGUGUUUACACUAGCGCAGUCGUCUGCUUCACGUUGAAAUUUAAUUGAUAUGGAAAUUUAAUGAAGAGGGCCAAUAAAAUGUAUAAAAAAAAAAGAUGGAUGCAAUUGGUUAAAAAUAUUUUGAAAUGCAA